AUGCAGGGAUCCUUCCCUUUUUACCCCACUGCUUUGUCCACAGUAGUCAGCCCGCCCGCCCACAACAGUUUUGGUACCCCGCCAUCGACAUCAGGAGCACAGCAGCCACACAAGCGGAAAGAGACAAGGCGCCUAUCACCGGAGGGAUACAAGCUCAUAGAUGAGUUGUACGCUAUCGACACCAAGCCGACGCUCUUACAAAGGAGGGACCUACUGCAGCGUCUCAAAGCUCUGCCAGGUUGCGACCAUUACACAGGUAGUAAACUUUCAAGGCUUUUUGAUUCGAAGCGAAAGCGAGAUGCGACUCGAGAGAAGACUCAAGGUGAGACCCCGGAGCUGGCCUCUUCAACAUAUUCAUCAUCCCCUAAUAGCGUUGGCAUAGUAUGCCCCUCUUUCCGCUCGCGUCCAGAUACCAUACCGAAGCUUGCAGUUUUGGUUUCGGAGAAUCCAUUUCCCAACGACAUUGAAGUGAGAAUUUGGGCGAAGCGGCUCAAGGUCAAGGUUGACGAUGUACAGACGUGGCUCGAGCUGAGGACUGCUACCGCAAUUACCAGUUCAUCGGACCGCGACAGAUCUUCAGUUGCCAUUUUCCCAACCUCGAAGACACAGCUCCCCACUCCUGUACAAUCUUGCUCUCCAGAGCUUUCCAAAUUCCAGCUUCCCGAAGACGAAAAGAAAUAUACCAUCCUAGCACCAGAAGAGCCUCCCGAUGUCAGAUUUGGACCAUUCACAAAAAAGCAGAUGCAGGACCUCUCGAGGGAAAUGCGCAAGGUUUCGCAAGCCGACGAGGGCCUGGCGUCGACUGAAACAGUCGACAAAUGGCUAGAAUACGAAGCCGAGAUGUCGUCUUUUCGGCAGAAAAUAGAAGAAGGGAAAUACGCUCUGUGGGGUCUCAAACCUCAUUUGCUACGUCAAGCGGAGGGGACUCAGUAG